UUUCGUACUUCUUCAAAAUUCUUUCGUAAUUUUUUAAAAAGAUGUGCGAUUUAUAAUUGUUUACAUUCUUCAAUUGCGAUUUAUUACUAAGGUUUUGGUACUCAUCAUUUGCGGCUUUACCAUCUGAUUCGAUUGGAUUAUAUUGUUACAACUGCUGUUGUCAAAUCCGAAGAUUAUCCAGCAAGUUGUCAGUGAUAAGGCAUAAGUUAUAAGUAGUAAUUCUUGUUUGAAAAUGUCGGUUUCUGGCUGUGUUACUGUCUGCGAUUCCUUAGCUAUCCCGUUAUGUUCAUCUAACCAACAAGAAGAAAAGACACAGACGACAGUUUCUGAAGAUCUGGAUUAUGAUCGUGUGUUAGUUUCUGAAAAUGAUGAGAAGACAAAAGAUCUGGAAUCCACGAAUACGACGGAUCAUAUCAUCACACCGCCUCAAGAAACAUUACGUUUGUAUGAAAAUGUUAGUGUCUUCGAUGAUGAUGCGAUUGCUGCUCCCGAACCAUUCGCUAACAAUGCAGUACACCCUUCUUCCGAAGCUCCCGAGUCCUCUGCCGAAAAAAACCUCCCACCACACGAUGUGGGGAUUGUUUUUCCGGAUAGUUAUCCACAACCUCCGUCUUCCGAUCUCCAGUGUGACGAUGCAGUGGCAAUUUCAGACGAAAGAAUCCCGAUUGAGAGAAAUGCUCAGAGCGCGGCUGGAGAAAUGGGUCUAAAUCCCAGUCCAACUCCUCUCGUUAUUCGGACUUCGAAUAGCCCGAUACCACCGUCAACGCAGAAGCUUACACUAAAGAUUCAAAGAUCAGCGUCUUCCGUUCACGUGAUGCGAGAGGACAAUCCGAAACCAGAUCUGACUGCAAACAAAGAAAUUUCUCCCGAACCAGAUGAAAAUCCUAGACUGGAGAUUCAGGAGACGGUAGAAAAAACCGAUAAUACAGAAAGUGCAUUUCCUCCUGCUGGUGCUAAAAAGCGAGUCACUGCAUCGAAGAGACAGCCCGCUGCGAAACGCAAAAGGAUUUCUACUGGUAGCGACGAGGAAGCCGAAAUAUUAGAAGAAAGUACUGAGAUCAAUGGUUUCCUCUAUUACUCCACAAAGAAAUCGCGGAAUGAGCUGGCUACGGACAGCAUUUCUUUGCAGCCUGUUCAAGUAUCAUCAGCAACAGGCAGGAUACGUCGGCAAGCGGCUAUUAACAACAAGCUGGUCUGUGUAAAGUUUUCUGAUAGCGUGGAAGGCGAUGAUGACUUUGUUGUGGAAAAAAUAAAGGAAAGCAUUCCGGUAAAAAAGACAGUGAAACCCGUUAACGAUGAUCCUAAAGCCAAACUUGCUCGAGUGCGGGCUUCCCUCGCGCCAUUCAGUAAACGACCAACCGGUGCGUCAGUGCCUGCCAAAACAAGCAGUUCCGGUAAAUUCUCUACCAAAGAACGCCUAAGCAAAAAGUUGGGGUUGGGUAAAAAGUUGUGAGGCCAAUGAGGGUCUGAAAAUGCCUCUAUUAUAGUGUCUAACGUUAAAAUUGUUUCCAAAAGUGGCCGUUUAAGCUACGGUCUCGUGAAGUCCCGUUUUUUCUGAUGUCAUUCUUUUUUGGCAUGAAGAAUGAUUUUGAUUUUCUUAACCCGUAGCAUGUCAUUCUCCUUAAGUGUGACGUGCGCGUUGUUGAUUUGCGAUUUUAAAAAAUAAAUUUUACCUGUAU